AUGAAUGGUACGCCGCAAGUGGUAGUUACUGACAAUGGGCCGCAGUUCGACACCGAAGAGUGGAGCAGGUUUGCGAAGGAUUGGAGUUAUGCGCAUGUGACAUCAUCCCCAUAUCACGCUCAAGGAAAUGGCAAGGCUGAAUCAGCGGUCAAAUCCAUGAAGCAAUUGUUCAAGAAGUGUGGCAAAAGCGGGGUGGAUUUUUGGCAAGUGCUGCAGCAGCAUCGCAACACACCGAAUGCGAUCGGGACCAGUCCUAAUAAACGAAUUUUCUCGCGAAGCACACGUGGGGCAGUACCAACGAUCACGAACAAGCAACAACCGCACCAAGCUUCACACGUUGAAGAACGGAUUGCACACAAGAGAAAGGUAGUCAAGGCAAGCUACGACAAAAGGGUUAAGGAGCUUCCAGAUUUGCGGGUCGGUGAACAUGUUAUCAUUCAGCGAAGACCUGACGCUACUAAGCAGUGGGAACAAGCAACGCUAGUGAGAAAAAUCCCAGACCAAUCUUGCGAAGUACAAACGAAGGAUGGCGGAGUUUACAGAAUAAGUGCAGUUCACGUAAAACCGAGAUGCAGCAACAAGCCUAAUACUACACUUAACGAGGAUCCAGUAAAGCAACCAAGUGUAACGGACCGCCAGAGUGAUGAUCAUCGGUCCCAGAAAGUCCCAGUUGAAGAUCGAAGGAAGAUGGUAUUCGAGAGACGUGAUUACAAGACCGAUAGCGGCAGGCCUAGCGGAGCAUCCGUUCCAGAGGGCCAGUCACAAGCGGCAGAUUUCGAGAAACAACAGGGUAUCGACGAAUAA